AUGACGUGGGCUUUAUGGUGGUCAGUUUGGUCAACGCUGUGUUGCUAUGGCACAGAAUGCGGUGAUGCUUGCAACUUGGCUAACAUUGCUUUUAAUAAAUCGGCCACACAGUCGUCUACUUCUCACUAUGGCUUCGCAGAGAGAGCUGUGGAUGGAAACCUGGAUCCCAGAUAUUCAAAGAGAUCAUGUUCACAUACAAAACAAGAAGAUGUAGCGUGGUGGCAAGUGGAUUUUGGAGGUAUCUACACCAUCGAACAGGUCUCCAUUCAGAACAGAAUACAAUCUGCUUGGGACCUAGCAGAUUUCGUCAUAGAAGUUUCUGAUACCACCGACAUUGGACCAAAUAGUUAUUUCCUGAGUGGCAGGCUGUGUUACAACUACACUGAGACUCAUGUUCCUUCUGGUGAAUUGAGGACUCUGCCUUGUCCAAACAAUACCGUUGGACGUUAUCUGAGGAUCUCUAAGAAAAUGGGCCGUUUAAUGCUUUGCGAAGUCAUUGUAGACGGUAAACCAAAAUGUUGUCUCUAUAAUGGCUGUAAGCAGUUUCCAACGAUUAAACAGCAUGAAGGUCAGUCUGUGCAGGAUAUCAUACAAAAUUUGAAACAGAUGCGGGUAAACGGGAAAAGAUGUAACUUUCGGAGGAAAUGGAUCAAAGAAGGAGGAAAUGUUGCGUCUGGCUGGUACUGGUCUGUCUGGUUCCCUGAUAAUUAA